AUGGCUUCUCCAAUCGUCGGCACCGCACCCGUCGGGUCUCCCCCGCACGAGACCCAGAUACAAAACCCCGCUAUCAUGGUCAUCGGCUCACUCAACGCCGACCUAGUCACCUAUGCCCCGCGCAUGCCCGUGGCCGGCGAGACCCUGGCCGCCAACGGGUUCCGCACCGGCCUCGGCGGCAAAGGCGCCAACCAGGCCGUUGCCUGUGCCAAGUUGGGUCGGCGGUCGCCUGCCAACAGAGGCGUGAAUGCGACAGCGGCAGCGGCACCCGCUCGCGCCGUCGCAGCUGUGUACAUGGUCGGCGCUGUGGGCGAUGAUGUGUACGGGCGAAAGAUGACGUCAGCGCUGUCGUCUGUCGGCGUCGACACGUCUGGCGUGGUUGUCCGCGCCGGCCAAGGCACCGGUAUCGCCGUCAUCUUGGUGGACGAUGCGGCCGGCGGCGAGAACCGCAUACUUUUAUCGGCCGAGGCAAAUGCGACACUCCAACCACAAGACUACGCCACGUCUCUCCCAUUGACGCCCGAGGACUGCCUGCCAUCUCUCCUCCUUCUCCAACUCGAGAUCCCCCUGUCUACGGUUCUCCAAGUCCUGCAGACCGCCCGCCGCCAAGGCGUGCCGGUGCUGCUCAACGCUGCGCCUGCAGAGCACCUACCCGACGACGCCUACGCCUGCAUCACCCACCUCGUCGUCAACGAGACAGAGGCUUCGCUCCUCAGUGGGGCCACGCUCGACCUUGAUGCGGCAGCGGACAGGCGGGACAGCGAGCUGGCGCGUGUCGCUGGCCACUUUCUGCAGCUGGGCGUCCAGCAUGUGGUCAUCACCCUCGGCGGCGCGGGGGUCUACCACGCCAGUGCUUCGACACACACGGACAGUGGCCUGGUCCCCGCCGCCCAAACCACAGUUGUCGACACGACCGCCGCCGGCGAUACCUUUAUCGGCGCCUACGCGCUGGGUCUCGUCCAGGGCAAAACCGUUGCUGCCGCUGUGGCUUGGGCCAAUCGUGCCGCUGCAGUGGCUGUCGGUCGGCAGGGCGCACAAGAGUCAAUUCCUUGGAUGGACGAGGUGAAGGACGCCGACGCAUGA